AUGAUAGGCCGCACAGCUCUCUUGAAACUUCAAAAGCUCACAACCCCAUACCCAGCCCUUUUAUACACCAUGGCCACUACGCCAACCCUCACCCCUCUCCAGCAGCUCGAGGAGGCCGAAAUGGAUGUCUUCAACAGUCUACGCUUCCUGCACAACAAUCCUUUCGCAGACGCAUACGCGGACAAGCACCAGGAGCUUGUUGACAAGUGUCUAAAGAUCAUUCAUGAGUCUCCCAUUGAAGAGCUUGAGUAUCCGCUGGAGGUGGUGAAUUGGGAGAAUGAGCAACUGCGGAGGAGGAUGGCGGCAUUGGGAACGAGCGUGAGAAGGAAGGUGAAGAGGUUGAGACGGAAGUAA